UUUUGGGAGGUACCAUAAAUUGACAUGGGGGAGGAAGUCGCGUCUGAGGGUGAAGGACGGCCCUGGUAGUUGCUGCUAUGGCCGGGUGUUUACGGGGGCUGCGUUUGGCAGCCCACCUCCUUCGCGCCAGAAGUGGGGCAGGAGUGGCCUUGGGGGCCCGGCGUGCAAGCACAGAGGCACAUGGCUCAUUUCCUUACCGGCAGUUCCCAGAGCUUACCCGGUCCCAGGUGAUAAAGGCUGAAUUCAUCAGUAGUGCCAUGUGGUUCUGGAUUCUGUGGCACUUUUGGCAUAACCCUGACGCUGUGCUGGGCCACUUCCCUUAUCCAGACCCUUCACAGUGGACAGAUGAAGAGCUGGGGAUCCCUCCUGAUGACGAAUAAUAGACUUGAAUAAUCUCUUCUGAGUUUCUGAGAUCUACAGAAAUGGAUGCUUUACUUCAUGUAGAUUUUAAAUUCAAAUUGUAAAUAAAAGGAAGACUCCAUAUAAUGAA